CGUCGUGAUGUGGUACACCAUGUGUUCAAAUCUACAGCAUUUGCCUCAUAGACGGACUGGUCAUGAGUCUAACCAUGUGUUCGAUUCAAGUAUUUUCGGCCCACCAAGCGCUAGUUUCCUUUCCCCAAAUAACUGGCCCGGUGCUACACAGCGGCUGCUGUAGUUUCAGUUCAAUCCCUACAAAAGAUAGGCUGAUGCAUAUCUUCCACAGCAUUGCUAAAACUGCAAAACUGACAUUGACCGUGUCUCAAGUUUUCCCUACCUCCUUCCGUAAUCAUGAGUUCCGAUCUGCUCUUCACCUUGCCUAACCUCACAGACCACAUUAUCACUCCCAACGGUUCAUAUCCGCAGCCCGGAGCAUUUGGCAACGUGCGCCAAUGUGUUUGGCGCUCCGACUUAUCCACGGAACUUGAGGUCGCAGUAAAGACUAUACACGUGCCUCGUGAGAGAAGAAAGGAAAUCGUACAUCAUGAUUUAAUCAUAUGGGGACAAUUGAACCAUGAAAAUAUAGCUCGUCUCUUUGGGGUCACAUCGGGAUUUGGCGAUCCGGCCACAUCCAUUUCCAUGGUGUCCGUUUGGUUUCCAAACGGGACGCUCACUACUUUUCUUUCUAGUCAGCACGAUGCAUUUAACCACAGACAACAAUUGGGGCUUCUCCAAGAUAUUGCAGCUGGCGUGCUUUACUUACACACAUCUGAGGUGGUGCGCGGUAACCUUUCAGGCAAUAAUGUGUUGAUCGAUAGCCGGGGGAAAGCGUGCCUCACUGACUUUGGUCUGUCCACCGUAUGUGAAGGCUUAGUACAACGUGCUGUAUAUAUUGGAUGCCCUGGAGCUAUCCGUUGGGCUGCUCCGGAACUCAUCAUUGGCGCUGGUCAGCAUUCUACCUUUGAAAGUGACAUAUAUUCCUUUGGCAGUAUUAUGCUGCAGGUACUCUCUGGCGAACUUCCAUGGUCAGAAGUAGUGGCCGAGCACCUUAUCAUCAAAAAACUCACCGAUGGCAAAAUUCCAAAACGACCCCCGAGUGUAUCUCAAAAGCACUGGGCUUUCAUUCGGAGGUGUUGGUCGCCAAGUCCUCGCAACUCAGCUCAUCCAUCCUCCCGUCCAUCUGCCUUCCAAAUUGACAACUUUCUGAAGACCACUCAAACACAUGUCUGGCGCAGCCAUGAUUCAACCCUUCGUAGUGCCGUAGGAUCCAUGAUUCGCCGGAUUACCACGCGAAUCGUCAGUCUAGUAAUUCGUCCCAGAAAUCGUGGAGCUCCCCGACUUUUGGACGGCGCUAUAACUCGCCCUGCAGCCAUACCCAGAAAUACUGAGCCAAGCAGUAAUAAAGACGUUCCAACUCUGAGCGAAUAUACAAUCUCCGAUGCGUUCGCUCACGACGGAACCAGGAACCAAGAUUUUGAUGUUGAGAAUUCGAACAAACACCCUAUCAUCCGUCAGAACAUUGACACUUAUCAACAUAGCUCGCUGAAUAGUGCCAACACGUCCACACAUCUUAAAAAGGCUAAACCUCAGGCUUUUGAGGGUGAUCUUGUUAACCAGAUUAUUCGAUUUCAUGAUUUUGCAGUAGCAACUGGAGGUUUUCGUGACAUCUGGCACUGUGACCAUCAUCUCGCUGGUUCGGAGAAAGUGCAGGUCGCUGUUCAGGUGAUACACCUCGACCCCGCACAACCUGAGUUGCGAACAAAACUACUUAGGCGGUAUAAAAAGUAGCUGAAACUUGAGCAAAGAAAUGUCGUUCGCUUCUUUGGCCUGACCUCCAGUUUCGGUGUCUUUCCGGCUUUAAUUACUGCAUGGAUGAGCCUUGGAACUCUAACCCAAUACUUGGACGAUCAAUACCCGUUUCUUUCGACAUUGCUCAAGUUCUCCCUUGU